AACUAAUGUAAAGCUUUCUAUUCUUCAGGGGUCUGAUAUAGAGACUGUGACCUCUGAAAAUGGAGGAACAAAUAGUAAUCUUGAGUUUGCGUCAGAAGAAUAUGCUACAUUGGUGGAGGAAGAAGAGCAACCAUUUGAUUUGAGAGCUGAAUGCAGCAAAGAUGAUGUGGUGUCAAUGGUAGAAACUUCUCAUGCUGCCUUGGAGGAAACCCAGGCAGUUCCUGAGGCAAAGAAAGAAAGAUUGCCUGAUCACGGUUCCUGUAUUGGGGCUAUUAGUGAUGAUUCUGACAUUGUUACCCUUGAAACACCUAAAGUAGAAGAAAUUGGAACGCAGGAAGAAACUGCAGUUGUUGAUGAGGAAGCUCAAGGUUCAGAUGAUUUUAACAUGGGUUCUUCCUCCAGCAGCCAAUACACAUUCUGUCAACCAGAAACUGUUUUUCCACCUCAGCCUAGUGAUGAUGAAUCAAGUAGUGACGAAACAAGCAAUCAAUCCAGUCCCACACUGAGGAGACGGCGUGCAAAGAAGAGGCUUGUCUCGAACUCUGAAUCUGAGAGCGGGACACCUAAUGAACAGGAAACCGAACCUCCCAAAGAACAGCAACACAAACGCCAAUUCAGUAGUGGCCUGAACAGGUGCAUUAUACUAGCUUUGGUGAUAGCAAUCAGCAUGGGAUUUGGACACUUCUAUGGUAAACCUGAAGGUACAAUUCAGAUCCAAAAACGUCAACAAUUGGUAGAAAAGACACAUGAGGAUGAACUAAAUGGUAUGAAAGAUGACCUCUACCAGUGCCAACGAGAGCAAGGAGUUAAAGCAGACUAUAAGUCACUAAAACAAGACCUUGCGACAUGUCUGAUCUCUACUGAGGUAGAAAAGAAAUCAUUUGAAUCUCAGAAGAAAAGUCUUACGGCAGAAAACCAGCACUUAAGGGAAUCUCUGGAGAGGGAAGAAAAAGCUUUGGACUUGCUGCAGGAAGAGUUAAGGAAGCUGAGAGAACAAAUUAGAAACGUAGAAGAUAAAGGUACUAGUACAGAGUCAGUUGUCAUGGAAAAUAAAAAACUUAAGGUACAUUUGGAAGAGGAAAAACAAAAAAUACACAACUUUCUUAAGCAAAAGGAGACACUUUUUGCAGAAGCACAAAUGUUGAGGAGAGAACUAGACAAAGAACGUCAUAUAACUGAAGCUCUAAGAGAAGAACUGGAGCAGUUAAGUUCUCAUCAGACAUCCGACAACACAGACACUGAUGAUACAUUGAGGAAGAACGAAGAAAUAGAAACUUUGCGGGGAAGACUAACAGAGCUGGAAAAGAAGCUAAACUUUGAACAACAACGCUCUGAUUUGUGGGAAAAACUGUAUGUUGAAGUGAAGGACCAAACCGAAAAACAGGAAACUAAUGAAAAAGGACAAGAGAUAAAUGGUAAAGGAACAAGUAAGACCAAAAAGAAGUCCAAAGAAUCGUUUUUUGGCUCAGUUAAAGAAACUUUUGAUGCCAUGAAGAAUUCCACAAAGGAGUUUGUAAGACACCAUAAAGAAAAGAUUAAACAGGCUAAAGAAGCAGUGAAAGAAAACCUGAAAAAAUUUUCUGAUUCUGUGAAGUCCACGUUCAGACAUUUCAAAGACACAACUAAAAACAUCUUUGAUGAAAAGAAGAAGUCUGGUGAUAAAAGAUAUGAGGCAAACAGAAAAGGUAAAACUGUUUAUCGGGAAUAUAAUACUCAUGAGAAUCCUUCUAAGCAUACACACCAUAGAGGGCCUAGUAUGAAAAAAGAAUUCAGAGAAGGAAGAAAACAAAGAUCGACUCACUUUACAUUUGAAAAAGAUACUAAUUCACAGAAAUGCAUCAAUAACCCAGAAUGUAACAGAAAACGUCACUCUGUCCUAAAGGGCUGCUCUGGUAUUUUUGAAUGCGCUCAUAAGGAAUUUAUUAGCCUGUUUAACAAAGUACUGGACCCUAUUAGGGCUGAAGAAUUUAAUCAGUUAAUGCAAAAAUACUUGCAGCAAGAAGUAGACAGUUUCCAUCACUGGAGAGAACUAGAGAAUUUCAUCAAUAAGUUUUUCCAUAAUGGGAUCUUUAUACAUGACCAGAUGCUGUUCACGGACUUCGUUAGUGAUGUUAAGGAUUAUCUUGAGGACAUAAAGGAGUACCAAAGUGACCAUGAAGGGAUGUUUGAGGAUUUGGAUAAAUACAUCUACACAUACUACUUUCAUUAUGAUAAUUCACCUCAGUAUGGACGCAGUCAACCUGCUAAAAGGCCUACUUUCACACAAUCUGAAAGUUCCAGACAUGAAAAACAAACUCCGAAGCAACACCAACGGAAUAAGAGAGAAGGUAAAUGGCAUAAACAUGGUCGCACUAAUGGAAGACACAUGGCAAAUCUUGAAAUAGAAUUGGGGCAAUUACCCUUUGAUCCAAAAUAUUAAGUAAUUUAUGUAUGGUAAAAUCAGGAAGAUACAAGUAGAUAAUUUCUAGUGGUUCCUCAAUGGAAACUAAUUGUUUUUCAACAAAACUGCAAGGUGCAAGUGUUUCUUUAUACAGAUUGAUUUUUACCCUGUUCAAAAGCAUCAAACUUCCUAACUCGCAUUUUCUCUAGUGUUACUUUACUGUUCUUUGGAAAUGAUUUUGGUUGUAGUUGUACUGUUAUGGAAACUAGGUAUGUUGUGACUUGUGUGAAAAAUAGGCUUAAUUGCAUUCCAUUAGUAUAGUUCAAAAUUGAAUCAUACAUAAUGUACAUGUAAUUAACAUGGUUUGGUGUACUAACUUCAUCUCAUCCUUUCAGAAAGUAGAUCUAAAUUAUGGCAAUGCAUCUGUUAAUGUUUUGUAAUCUUAUACUUGCUUCUUGUCUUUUUUGGGGGUUCAAGAGCCUGUUGACUUAUGAAGAAUUUGCUGUGCUGCAUUCUAAUCAGCUUGCUGACAUAUGCACUUGAAAUUUCUUGCACAUCUGCAUAUUGUGGAAGAAAAAUAAAGAGGCGUUGUGGGUAAAA